UUGUUUUCAAGAAGUCCUAUGGACAACAUGAAGGAAGUUGAUAACAGCUCUUGCAGUGAUGGAGUUCUACUUAGAAUGGGCCUCAAUGAUAACAAAGCUGGAAUGCAAGGUUUGGAUAAAGAGAAAAUCAAUAAAAUCAUCAUGAAAGCUACCAAGGGUUCUAGAUUUUAUGAAAAUGAACUUAAAAAAGAUCAACAAGUUAACCAACGAAUUGAAAAAAUGAUGCGGCUAAAAGAAAAAAUUACAGCACAACAGCUCUUGAAAGCACAGCUGCAGGUGGAUAAUCUUGUGACAGAACUGGAACAGAGGCGUAACCUUAGCAAUACAAUUGUACAUAUUGACAUGGAUGCCUUCUAUGCAGCUGUGGAAAUGAGAGACAAUCCAGAGCUGAAGGAAAAACCUAUAGCAGUGGGAUCAAUGAGUAUGUUGUCCACCUCGAAUUACCACGCUAGGAGAUUUGGUGUACGUGCAGCCAUGCCUGGAUUUAUUGCUAAAAAACUAUGUCCACAUAUAACUAUAGUACCACUAAACUUCGAAAAAUACAGCAAAGUCAGCAAAGAGGUUAGAGAAAUACUCACCGAAUAUGACCCCAAUUUUAUGCCUAUGGGCCUGGAUGAAGCCUACCUGAACAUAUCAGAGCAUUUGGAGGAGAGAGUGAACUGGCCUGAAGAUAAAAGAAGAUUCUUUUUCAACACAGAAAGCACUACAGAAAAGGAUAAAAAUGAUGUAAAUAUGUCUGCCAAACUUAAUGGAGGUGGAUUCUCUUCUUCGCCAGUACUGUUUGAGGACAACACACCUCCGAUGGAUGACCAUUAUGAACAAAGAGAUGGAAAACAAUCAGUGGAAAAUUCUGUAGUCUUUGGAACUUCUGCAGAGGAAGUUGUGAAGGAAAUUCGCUUUAGGAUUGAGCAGAAAACUCAGCUGACUGCUAGUGCAGGAAUAGCUCCGAAUACAAUGCUAGCAAAAAUGUGCAGCGAUUGUAAUAAACCUAAUGGUCAAUGCAGAAUUGUUCCUGAGAGACAAGCAGUGCUAGACUUCCUAAAAGAUUUGCCCAUUAGAAAGGUGCCAGGUAUAGGAAAAGUAACAGAGAAGAUGCUAAAAGCCCUUGGAAUUGUGACUUGCUCCGAGCUCUACCAGCAGAGGGCACUGCUUUCUCUUCUUUUCUCAGAAGCGUCUUGGCGUAAUUUCUUGGAGAUUUCCCUUGGUUUGGGUUCAACACAUUUGGAAAAGGAUGGAGAAAGAAAAAGUAUGAGCACUGAAAGGACAUUCAGUGAAAUAAACACAGCAGAAGACCAGUACAGAUUAUGUCAAGAACUCUGCAGAGACCUCGCUGAAGAGCUACAGAAAGAAGGGCUUAAGGGUAAAACUGUUACCUUGAAGCUAAAGAAUGUGAACUUUGAAGUGAAAACAAGAGCUUCCACUAUGCUGUCUUCUGUUUCUACUAAGGAGGAAAUAUUUGCUGUUGCUAAAGAAUUGUUAGCAACAGAAAUUGAUAGUUCAGCUCCUCACCCUUUACGGAUAAGACUUAUGGGUGUACGAGUGUCUGGAUUUCUAAGUGAAGAUGAGAAGAAGUACCAACAGAAAAGCAUUACGAGUUUCUUAAAAUCAGAAAAAGAAAUUGGUCAUCCAGGGAAGUCCAAACAAGAAUUUUUCACAAAAAACACAGAAGCAUCUUCCAGAGGGAGUUUUUUUGAUAAAAAGCGAGCUGCAAGGCAACAAAACAGUGAGAGUCUUGCUCCUAACCAAACUGUAGGCAAGCAGCUCUUUCAUGAUAGGAAAUCAGCAAAUUUGGUGGAAGAAACAGAGAAAGUCGCAGCUUUACAGAGUUCUGCUGUGUGCAAGACCUUCACCUGCCCUGUUUGCUUUGAGGAUCAAAGCAGCAAUAAUUUGGAAGAGUUCAACAGGCAUAUUGAUGAGUGCCUCAAUAGGGCUUCUGUUAACAAUACCAUGGAAAUAUCUGAGAAUGAAUAUUCAAGAGAAAAUAAACCAAAUAUUACUCUACAAUUUAAAAAUGAAAAUAUUGAUGAAUGUCAAAAAGCCAAGCCAGAUCAAUUACCAGGAACAGAGCAGUCUGCAAGUACAUCUAACAACAGUACAAGCAGUAGCACAGAAAAAUUCACUCAGAUAAUAUCUGAUGAACCUCACAGAGAAAGACAUCCUAGCAAACUCAGUGAUAUUGCUGGAAACAUGUACCUGAAACAGUGUCUCUUCCCCAAAGGAAUUUCACAAGGCAAUGAAAACUGUUUUGAAAAGACUGAACAUACAGAGGAAGCUACUUCAUUUCAUCUGUUUGAAGCCAAAGAAGAUGGUGUUCUGGUUUGUCCUGUUUGUAAUUCAGAACAGAAAUCUACUAGUCUAUUGUCGUUUAACAGACAUGUGGAUAUCUGCUUAAAUGAAGGCAUUAUCCAGGAACUGACAGAAAAGAAAGAUUUUCCUACUAAGACUUACAAUUUGGAAAACUCAAGCAGAGUUGGAGGAUUAAGCAGAGGACAGCAGUGCACAAAUCCAUCACAAGGAACAAAAAGGUCUGGACUAACAACUUCACAGUCAGUAUCAAAAAAAGCCAAGUCAAGCAAUUCAAAGCAUACAAUUGAAAUGUUUUUUAAGUGACUGUGUAAAAAUAUAUUCUGUAUGAAGUAUUUCAUAGUGUUUUAUAAUUGAAAAUUAAUUUAGCAUUGGUGGGGGCUGGAUUUAGGUGCCCUUGUCACUUUGAAACCAUUGAAUGUCUAUGUAAAAAGAACAUGAUGUUUGAUGUAGAAGAGGUACAACUAAUGUAAUUUUUUUUUCUUUGAGAAAAACACCUUAAUUUUCCAGUUCUUUGGAGAAUCAAAAUUUUCCAGCACUUUGACUUUGUUUAUGUUGAACAUGUGGAACAAGCAGUCUUGUGAAUUCUCUCUGCUCUUCAACAGAGCUAGGAGAUUAGAGCUGCCAUUGAGAAAGCCUGAAGGGCAAUGUCCCUAGAAAGCAAGAAUCAUUAACUAGGGUGCCAGGCAGUGCUUUCUGAAGGCCCUCUUCCCACACCUGACCUGCUGUCUUCUCUGUUGUAUUGGCCAUGGUAGCCACAGUAGCUCAGGAUGAUACUUCCUGGACAGUUCAAUACCAAAUGUAACUGUGGUAUUAACUGUGUAAUAAAAAGAGCUGAGUUGCUUGGUAUCACCUUAAGAACAUUUAUCUUCACAAAAAAAAAAAAAAAAAAUUGGUUGGUCUUGCAUUUUCAAAGGAAAAGGGGGAGAAUUUAGAGCACAGUCAAGAUUUCAUUGUUAUCACCGAAAAUUACUUCAAGUAAGAGUUGAUGGACCAACCCUGAAGGACUCAUUGUGAAGAGGUACAGGAUGACUUCGCUGACUUUAAAAAAUGUUUUAAAACCUCUUGAUGAGAGAAGGAUUACUCCAGGUUAGUCAGACAAAUGUUGCUUGGCUUUUCCAAAGAAAUGGAAAACUUUAGUUAUCUUUGCAAUUGUGAAAGUGUGUUGCUGCCCAGUAGCAUUAAAUUUAGUCUAAACUUAAUUUCAUGGUGCAAUAAUAAUAUGAAUGAUAUGCAAAAAUACAUGAUGAUGAACCUUCUUACUCUUUACCUAACUUUUUUGUUAAAUACAUUUUUGAGAGUAUAUCUGGAAAGAGGAAGGUGUAAAGUGCAAAUAUUUAAAAUAUGCCUCAUAUCUUUUCAUACUGAAUUGCUUAAAUUAUAAUAAUGAUUAAGUAUCAGACAAAUAAUUUAUUAUGACAGCUAUUUCUUAUAUAACCAAUGUCAAACCUCAUAUGGAUUAUAAACUGCUUUUUAACUGCAAAAUCUUCAGAAGUAGCUGCUAUAGAAGCAUCUCUUUUAAUGUUUUAUUGGAAGUACUGUGUGGUUUCCUUCAUUUUUAAACAAAUGUUGUAGAUGCUCAGGCUAACUUCAUAAUGUGCUUUUUUUUAAUGCCAAACUUACUGAAAUUAUUUCAUCAUCUCUGUCUGCUCAGCUGUUUGUUUACCAGAUGCCACUGUACCCACAGCUCUCAUGUCAGUGCUUCCUUAUUUGCUUUGGACCAAACCAGCUGGAGUAGUUCAGGAUGUGUAGCCUGAUU